AACCAAACAGAGCAGAUACCAAAUACAAUUAAAUAUAUAAACACAAAAUAAUUGAGCUCCUAGUCGGGGUUUCUCUUAUAAACUAUUUAUUUAUUUAUUUAAUUUGUUUGGAAAAUAAAAAUAACAAAUAAUUAAUAAUAAUAUGGGGAUGUCUGAAAGUAUCAAGGUUAUUGUCUCUCUCUUUCUUGUGGUGUUAUUGGCUCUUGCAGCAACUCAGACAGAGUCAAGAUACAUAAAUUAUCAUGCCCUUCAUGGAGAUCACAGUUUGAUUUGUGAUAAAGCGAACCCAAGCACCUGCAAGAAGGAAGAAGCCAAUCCUUAUACCAGAGGAUGCGAGAUAAUCGAUCGUUGUCGUGGUCAAUCUCUAGGCCCAAAAAUGUGAAUCGACCAAGUAGAGUACCACCCUUGGUUAAUUUUACAAAUGAUAUCUCCAUUUAAUAUUAGAUGAUUAAUUUCAUUCAUUAUUUAUUUAUACUCUGUAUUGGUUUGUAACUGAUUGUUACCCUAUCAUUUAUGAUCAUAUAAAACAAAUAUAUUUAUGUUAUCGUUUUAUGUUAGAAUAAAUGUUUAAUUUAUUCAAAAGAAAACAAACUUUUUUACCCAAGUGCCACUAAGUUUUCUAAAAAAUUAUCCACAAGCUUAAACCAGCUGCGUUCUUGAAAUCUCUCGUUUGAUAAAAGGAGAGACACCGAUUGCGAACAAGUUUCUCCAAACAUUUGGCAAGAGAUGUCACUGACGUAAGAGCUGCUACUUGUCUUCUAUCGUUACGUUCUUUCCAUAGUACAUGAACUGAAGCUUGUAAUACAUACCGAGUGAGAAAACGUUGGAGAAAACUGUGUCUUUUAUCUAAGGAACAUAAUCCUCUUGUUUUCUGAUAUUCUCCCAUGUUCUUUUAGUACUGAAAACUGGUUUGUAUUUUUCCUCCUUGUAAUUCCAGAGAGAUUGAUCCUCCACAACUGAAAUUUAUCCCUUUGGUCAUCUAUAAGUGUUUCCAUCUCAUUAAAACGAUCCACUCGAUGCCUUCGUCUUCUUUGAUUAGGAACAGCCAUUGCAACAGUGGAUUUUAAGGAAUUACCAUGUCAAUACAUUCCCACGCCCCGAACAGAUCAUACAGCCUUCCCAUUGUCGUCCACGAAUCAAGCCAGAUUGAGACAUUCCUUCCAUCUCCAACUUUCAUCCUGUGAAACUAGUUUUUCAUAUCUCGGAACUUCAAUAGUUUUUGCCACAUCCAAGAUCCCACAGUUGUUGUUUCUCAAACAGACCAUAGAUAGCCACGUUUUAGCAGGUAUACUUUAAUACAUUGAAACCAAAGGGACGAUGUCGGAGCAACAAUACGCCAAACCAACUAUAAACAACAUAGCUUGUUUAUUUCUUUUAAAGAACGUAGACCUACACCAAGCUCCACUAAGUUUUUUUUUUUAAAAUUAUCCACAAGCUUAAACCAGAUACGUAAUUGAAAUCCCCCGUUUGACGAAAGGAGAGACACCGAUUGCGAACAAGUUUAUUCAAAGAUUUGGCAAGAGAUGUCGCUGUCAUAGGAGCUUCUCCAUGUUUUCUAUCAUUAUGUUCUUUCCAGAGCACAUGAACUGAAACUUGUAAUACAUACCGAGUGAGAAAACGUUGGGGAAAACUGUGUCUGCUAUCCAUGAAACAUAAUGCUCCUGUUUUCUGAUAAUAUCCCAUGUUCUUUUAGUUCUGAAUACUGUUUUGUAUUUGUCCCCCUUGUAUUUCCAGUGAGAUUGAUCCUCCACAACUGAAAUUUAUCCCUUUGGGCAUCUAUAAGUGUUUACACCUCAUUAAAACGAUCCACAUGAUGCCUUCGUCUUCUUCGAUUAGCAACAGCCUUUAUGACAGUGAAUUUUAAGGGAAUUCCUAUAUAAAGCUAUUCCCGCGCCAGUGGAAUUUAAAGGAUUUUGAUAUAGUUUAAUUGUUGAUUUUAAAUGAUAUCUCAAUUAUUUGGGCGAUUGUAACUAUUUAUUGUUGUUUUGAAUAUUUUUAUAUAUAGUAAUUAAUAAAAAUAUUAUUUAUUUAUUUUAAAAUUAGUUAAAUAAAAACAUAUACCCCCAGUUAAAUAAAAAACUGGCUCCACCACUGAUUGAACCUUGCUACCCAAAUAUGUGUUGGAUCCUUUUCCGGAUAUAGCUUCGAUCCGAACAUCAGUCAUGUCAUCCUCCUCAUCGCUAGGGGCGUAUUUGGAAAGAGAAAAAUGAAAUAUAGGGUUUGAGCCCCAUUUUUAAAGGUCUGCUUUUAAAAGGUUAUGUAGUUAACUUUUUUAAAAAACAUUUUACCAUUUCAUGCAAAGGAAAGAAGUGUGAUCCAAGAAUGAGAAAAUGAUAAUAAUAAUAAUAAAACAUAAUUAAAGUAGGACCUACAAUUAACAUAAAAAAAGAAAAAAAUAUUAUAUUUACAUAGACUUUUUAACUUUGUCUUUUCCUAUUUCUCCAUGACUCUUAAGCUUUUUCUGGUCUAUAAUAUUUGGGUAGACUCCCAUUUUUUUCUUGCUUAUGGCCUCACUUUUUGCAGAGAUCCCCCUACUCACCGCCUUCCGGAACGCCUUUAAAAGUUGUUUUUCGACCUUUAAUCUUGAACAAGGAAAGCUAAUUAUAUCUGUCAUUGCUAAAGAUCCCUUAAUUUUAAGAAAACAUCAACCAGCUGAUCUAUAUACUAAAAGUAUCCGUUUACUAAAAAUUACAUGUUUACUAAUUUAUCACCAUCCCAAAAAUAACUAUUUGAAGCACAUCCACUAUCUUCUAUAUAAGUACCAAUGACCUCUUCUUCAAAACCAAACAGAGCAGAUACCAAAUACAAUUAAAUAUAUAAACACAAAAUAAUUGAGCUCCUAGUCGGGGUUUCUCUUAUAAACUAUUUAUUUAUUUAAUUUGUUUGGAAAAUAAAAAUAACAAUUAAUUAAUAAUAAUAUGGGGAUGUCUGAAAGUAUCAAGGUUAUUGUCUCUCUCUUUCUUGUGGUGUUAUUGGCUCUUGCAGCAACUCAGACAGAGUCAAGAUACAUAAAUUAUCAUGCCCUUCAUGGAGAUCACAGUUUGAUUUGUGAUAAAGCGAACCCAAGCACCUGCAAGAAGGAAGAAGCCAAUCCUUAUACCAGAGGAUGCGAGAUAAUCGAUCGUUGUCGUGGUCAAUCUCUAGGCCCAAAAAUGUGAAUCGACCAAGUAGAGUACCACCCUUGGUUAAUUUUACAAAUGAUAUCUCCAUAUUAAUAUUAGAUGAUUAAUUUCAUUCAUUAUUUAUUUAUACUCUGUAUUGGUUUGUAACUGAUUGUUACCCUAUCAUUUAUGAUCAUAUAAAACAAAUAUAUUUAUGUUAUCGUUUUAUGUUAGAAUAAAUGUUUAAUUUAUUCAAAAGAAAACAAACUUUUUUACCCAAGUGCCACUAAGUUUUCUAAAAAAUUAUCCACAAGCUUAAACCAGCUGCGUUCUUGAAAUCUCUCGUUUGAUAAAAGGAGAGACACCGAUUGCGAACAAGUUUCUCCAAAGAUUUGGCAAGAGAUGUCACUGACGUAAGAGCUGCUCCUUGUCUUCUAUCGUUACGUUCUUUCCAUAGUACAUGAACUGAAGCUUGUAAUACAUACCGAGUGAGAAAACGUUGGAGAAAACUGUGUCUUUUAUCUAAGGAACAUAAUCCUCUUGUUUUCUGAUAUUCUCCCAUGUUCUUUUAGUACUGAAAACUGGUUUGUAUUUUUCCUCCUUGUAAUUUCAGAGAGAUUGAUCCUUCACAACUGAAAUUUAUCCCUUUGGUCAUCUAUAAGUGUUUCCAUCUCAUUAAAACGAUCCACUCGAUGCCUUCGUCUUCUUUGAUUAGGAACAGCCAUUGCAACAGUGGAUUUUAAAGGAAUUACCAUGUCAAUACAUUCCCACGGCCCGAACAGAUCAUACAGCCUUCCCUUUGUCGUCCACGAAUCAAGCCAGAUUGAGACAUUCCUUCCAUCUCCAACUUUCAUCCUGUGAAACUAGUUUUUCAUAUCUCGGAACUUCAAUAGUUUUUGCCACAUCCAAGAUCCCACAGUUGUUGUUUCUCAAACAGACCAUAGAUAGCCACGUUUUAGCAGGUAUACUUUAAUACAUUGAAACCAAAGGGACGAUGUCGGAGCAACAUUACGCCAAACCAACUAUAAACAACAUAGCUUGUUUAUUUCUUUUAAAGAACGUAGACCUACACCAAGCUCCACUAAGUUUUUUUUAAAAAAUUAUCCACAAGCUUAAACCAGAUACGUAAUUGAAAUCCCCCGUUUGACGAAAGGAGAGACACCGAUUGCGAACAAGUUUAUUCAAAGAUUUGGCAAGAGAUGUCGCUGUCAUAGGAGCUGCUCCAUGUUUUCUAUCAUUAUGUUCUUUCCAGAGCACAUGAACUGAAACUUCUAAUACAUACCGAGUGAGAAAACGUUGGGGAAAACUGUGUCUGCUAUCCAAAAAACAUAAUGCUCCAGUUUUCUGAUAAUAUCCCAUGUUCUUUUAGUUCUGAAUACUGUUUUGUAUUUGUCCCCCUUGUAUUUCCAGUGAGAUUGAUCCUCCACAACUGAAAUUUAUCCCUUUGGGCAUCUAUAAGUGUUUACACCUCAUUAAAACGAUCCACAUGAUGCCUUCGUCUUCUUCGAUUAGCAACAGCCUUAGCGACAGUGAAUUUUAAGGGAAUUCCUAUAUAAAGCUAUUCCCGCGCCAGUGGAAUUUAAAGGAUUUUGAUAUAGUUUAAUUGUUGAUUUUAAAUGAUAUCUCAAUUAUUUGGGCGAUUGUAACUAUUUAUUGUUGUUUUGAAUAUUUUUAUAUAUAGUAAUUAAUAAAAAUAUUAUUUAUUUAUUUUAAAAUUAGUUAAAUAAAAACUUAUACCCCCAGUUAAAUAAAAAACUGGCUCCACCACUGAUUGAACCUUCCUAACCAAAUAUGUGUUGGAUCCUUUUCCGGAUAUAGCUUCGAUCCGAACAUCAGUCAUGUCAUCCUCCUCAUCGCUAGGGGCGUAUUUGGAAAGAGAAAAAUGAAAUAUAGGGUUUGAGCCCCAUUUUUAAAGGUCUGCUUUUAAAAGGUUAUGUAGUUAAAUAUUUUUAAAAACAUUUUACCAUUUCAUGCAAAGGAAAGAAGUGUGAUCCAAGAAUGAGAAAAUGAUAAUAAUAAUAAUAAAACAUAAUUAAAGUAGGACCUACAAUUAACAUAAAAAAAGAAAAAAAUAUUAUAUUUACAUAGACUUUUUAACUUUGUCUUUUCCUCUUUCUCCCUGACUCUUAAGCUUUUUCUUGUCUAUAAUAUUUGGGUAGGCUCCCAUUUUUUUCUUGCUUAUGGCCUCACUUUUUGCAGAGAUCUCCCUACUCACCGCCUUCCGGAACGCCUUUAAAAGUUGUUUUUCGACCUUUAAUCUUGAACAAGGAAAGCUAAUUAUAUCUGUCAUUGCUAAAGAUCCCUUAAUUUUAAGAAAACAUCAACCAGCUGAUCUAUAUACUAAAAGUAUCCGUUUACUAAAAAUUACAUGUUUACUAAUUUAUCACCAUCCCAAAAAUAACUAUUUGAAGCACAUCCACUAUCUUCUAUAUAAGUACCAAUAACCUCUUCUUCAAAACCAAACAGAGCAGAUACCAAAUACAAUUAAAUAUAUAAACACAAAAUAAUUGAGCUCCUAGUCGGGGUUUCUCUUAUAAAUUAUUUAUUUAUUUAAUUUGUUUGGAAAAUAAAAAUAACAAAUAAUUAAUAAUAAUAUGGGGAUGUCUGAAAGUAUCAAGGUUAUUGUCUCUCUCUUUCUUGUGGUGUUAUUGGCUCUUGCAGCAACUCAGACAGAGUCAAGAUACAUAAAUUAUCAUGCCCUUCAUGGAGAUCACAGUUUGAUUUGUGAUAAAGCGAACCCAAGCACCUGCAAGAAGGAAGAAGCCAAUCCUUAUACCAGAGGAUGCGAGAUAAUCGAUCGUUGUCGUGGUCAAUCUCUAGGCCCAAAAAUGUGAAUCGACCAAGUAGAGUACCACCCUUGGUUAAUUUUACAAAUGAUAUCUCCAUUUAAUAUUAGAUGAUUAAUUUCAUUCAUUAUUUAUUUAUACUCUGUAUUGGUUUGUAACUGAUUGUUACCCUAUCAUUUAUGAUCAUAUAAAACAAAUAUAUUUAUGUUA